ACCACAAGAAAACCACAAAACCAAGAUGGCGGUGCAAGAGACAGCAUCUCAACUGUCCAUGGCUCUCAAAGUCCAAGAAUAUCCCACCCUGAAGGUGCCGUACGAGACUCUGAACAAACGUUUCAGGGCGGCUCAGAAGAACAUCGACCGGGAGACGAGUCACGUGACGAUGGUUGUUGCAGAGCUGGAGAAGACGCUGAGCAGCUUCCCAGUGGUCGACUCUGUGGUGUCACUGCUGGAUGGUGUGGUGGAGAAACUCAGCGCCCUGAAGAGGAAGGCUGCUGAGUCCAUCCAAGCAGAAGACGAGAGCGCCAAGUUGUGUAAGCGUCGCAUCGAGCACUUGAAGGAGCACAGCAGCGACCAGCCGGCCUCAGUCAACCUGUGGAAGAAGAAACGCAUGGACCGAAUGAUGGUGGAGCAUCUGCUGCGCUGCGGCUACUACAACACAGCUGUUAAACUGGCCAGACAGAGCGGUAUAGAGGAUCUGGUCAACAUUGAGAUGUUCCUCACAGCUAAGGAGGUGGAGGAGUCUCUGGAGAGGCAGGAGACUGCCACUUGCCUAGCCUGGUGCCAUGACAAUAAGUCCCGCCUCCGCAAGAUGAAGAGCUGUCUGGAGUUCAGUCUGAGAAUCCAGGAGUUCAUUGAACUCAUCAGACAAAACAAACGCAUGGAUGCAGUCAGACAUGCAAGGAAGCACUUCAGCCAAGCCGAGGGCGGACAGCUGGAUGAGGUUCGGCAGGUGAUGGGAAUGCUGGCCUUCCCGUCAGAUACACAUAUCUCCCCAUACAAGGAUCUUUUGGAUCCAGCUCGCUGGAAGAUGCUGAUCCAGCAGUUUCGAUAUGACAACUACAGACUGCAUCAGCUGGGAAACAACUCUGUGUUCACCAUCACCCUACAGGCUGGUCUGUCUGCCAUCAAGACACCUCAGUGCUACAAGGAGGAUGGUACCUCUAAGAACCCAGACUGCCCGGUGUGCAGUAAAUCCCUCAACAAGUUGGCCCAGCCGCUACCCAUGGCCCACUGCGCCAACUCCAGACUAGUCUGUAAGAUCUCUGGGGAGGUCAUGAAUGAAAACAACCCUCCCAUGAUGCUGCCUAAUGGAUAUGUCUACGGCUACAAUUCUCUUCUGUCCAUCCGCCAAGAUGACAAAGUGGUGUGUCCCAGAACCAAAGAAGUCUUCAACUUCUCUCAGGCUGAGAAGGUCUACAUCAUGUGAUCACUCAGAUAACCCUUCUGAGUAUCAACAUGAUCGAAUACGGCCCGUCAUUCAUCACCCGUGACCCGGCCGACUCAGAGAGCCACCUGUGGAGCUGUGAUCCAGUGCCCUUCUCCCCCCGCCUCAAACACAACCUACAUUUCCCACAAUCCCCCGCUCCCAGUACAUGAUCAGAUCAAGUCUGCCGGUUCCCUUCCCCCUCUCAUUUUAUCACACAGAAACUGGGCUCCUCUCCUCUCAGACUGUUUUAGAUGUGGCCAGAGAACAAGAUUGAUCUGAUCCAUUCAAGCACAUGGACUAUCAACAUUGUCAUUAUGUUAAAGGCCCUCGCUGUGACGUUUAGAGACUACAGAAAAGGACAGAGGGGGUGAGAAACUGCUAGGUAGAUAUUUGAUUUUAUUACAAUGAAUAAAAACUUGUUGAGGUUACUUUGACUUUUCACUAGUGGUGUUCCUUUGUUACUAAAACAACGUGGCAGGACUCUGUUAACUCCAUUAACAAAGAUUAACACACGAGAUUUGGGCCUUUUUCAGAACAAACAUGGCUGGCCUCCUGGUCAUGUGGUAGCAUCUCAUUGUGUGAUGCAUGCUGUCGACAUCCUUUGUCUUCUAGCCAUGUUUUUUGGUGGGUUGUUGCGGGGGUCGAUAUGUUAAAUGCCUCCUUUUUAAACGGCUUACCUUUUUGCAUUUCAUCCCCCCUCUUGUUUGUGAUACCAGAGCCUGAUUUUGGCCACAAUAGGCUCCUUUUCAAAUGUAAAUAUUAGAUAGGAAUUGAUCAUUCUCAUGUUUAAAUUCGAGGUUUUUGGGGGACAGGUAUCAACAAGGAAGAUUAACCUUCCACAAAGAUUGCUGUGUGACCUGAACAAGUGAUUUCUUGGGUGUUGUAAACCUGAUAUCGCCCACAGUUUCCUAAAGCUGGUUGAUCAUAAAUGCUUUUAAUUUCUGAGGAAGCUGUUAGUUUCACAAAUUUGGUGUAUUUAUCACCAUCGUGAAAGUUACGCAAUAUUCAAACAA